GUUUCCAACCGAUGGGUUCCUGCUUCUGGUCCUGCUGCUCUACGCACCCGUGGGGCUCUGCCUCCUCGUCCUGCGCCUCUUCAUUGGUGUACACGUCUUUUUGGUCAGCUGCGCCCUGCCUGACAGCGUGCUGCGACGGUUUAUUGUACGUGUGAUGUGCUCAGUGCUGGGCUUAUUUGUGCGGCAAAGUGAUCCCCGGCUUCGUGAUGUCAAUGUGAGGGUGUAUAUCGCCAACCACGUGACACAAUUUGAUCACAACGUCAUCAACCUUCUGACCUCAUGUAAUACGCCUGCAUUGAACGGUGCCCCUGGUUUCAUCUGCUGGUCACGGGGAUUCAUGGAGCUGGGAGUAACAGGAAGCCGAGCAGAGCUGGUGGAUUCCCUGAAGGUGUAUUCAUCCCACAGAGGAAACCCCCCACUGCUCCUCUUCCCAGAGGAGGCUGCCACCAACGGCCGGGCCGGCUUGCUCCGCUUCAGCUCUUGGCCGUUCUCAAUCUUGGAUGUGGUACAGCCAGUUGCCCUACAAGUUCAGAGGCCUUUGAUCACUGUGAGUGUGGCUGACUCCUCCUGGGUGACAGAGCUGCUCUGGACCUUCUUUGUUCCCUUCACCGUAUAUGAAGUAAGGUGGAUGCCGUCUGUCCCCAGACGAGCUGAAGAACUGAGUGAGGAUUUUGCGCUCCGAGUUCAGGAGCUCUUGGCCAUGGAGCUGGGUGUGGUAUCCACACGGCUCACUGCAGCAGAUAAAACCGAACACAUGAAGAGGCUGAGACACACAUCGCUUCUCCCCUUUUCCCCAGCCUCAAGCCAGCCCCUGGCAGCCAGACCCAGGGUGCCUCCCAGCCCGACUGGUGUUGCCCCUGAGGAUGUGCAGAUCACGGCAAUGGCUCAGCGGGUCAAGGAGGUGCUGCCUCACGUGCCUCUGGAGGUCAUCAGGAUAGACUUGGCCCAAACCAGCUGUGUGGAUACCACCAUUGCCAACUUGCUGGAGGGAAGAGUGCCCUUCCUCCCUGAAAGUAAGGAGGCUGGUACUGACCUGCCCGCCCCGUCUACCUCCCAGGCUGCAGCUGCUUCUGGCAUCCAGGGCUCCGUAGCUGUGCCUUCUUCCAAGCCAGCUACAAAGCAAUUUGCGAAAUCCCCUGUGGAGCGGCAUCUGUCCUUGCAGGAGCGGAAACGAGCGUUGUACGACUACGCCAGGAG